GUCCAGGCAUUGAACUUGACUGGACACGGAGUAUUUAUACAUUAUCCCUCGCUCCUGUCACAGAAGGAGAGCUGUCCACCCAUGGGAGAGCUGAAUCCAACUCUUGAAUGGUAAGUGAUCCAGGCUUAAAUUCAUCGACCUCAUCCUAUCUACCAUGUCUGAGAUUUCUAUUCUGGGCUUCAAGCCCACCUCUUCGUCCUCAACUCUCUUCUCGUCUUCCAUUCACUGGGCUGUGCUGGUCGAACCUGAUUAUACGCAUUGCAGGAAUCCUCAAUCUAAAAAUUUAGCACUUCAGACCAGGAAUGAUACACCGAAAUCUAAUUCCACAAUAUUGCACAUCCAAGACCAUCAACUACGUCAACAGCCAUGGCCGAUUCCUGUGGAAGAUGAGACCGAAUCUAAAUAUGACACAACAAUCACCACCCCUCGAAGACCAAGUCCAUCACCAUCAUCAAUCUUCGAUACUCAAACUUCCUCAACCAGACCUUCUUCAAGUCCAGCCUCAUCUUCACUUCUAUCGACCGCACCGACUACCACAACCACACUCAAUGCCACCUCACAACACCCUCUCCGACUAAGUCUCAAGAUCUGCAUCAGCAGGCAGGCGCAGCGACCAUCAAAACUGAUUCCCAAACUACUCAGACUGCUGCAAACCACUCCGACAUAUGGCUUGGAGGAAGAUUGGCUGCGCAGUGCUUUAGCAUUCAUGCACGUCAACUUGGGCUUGAUGGAGGUGGGGUUCGAUGUGGAUGGUUUCAUCGCCUAUGCGAGUGAAGCAGUCAAAGAGUAUUCACUAUAUGACACCACAGAAGAUUACGAAGACGGCGGCGAUGAAGACGACGUCCACGUCCUGGAACUCGACUACCUGUCUUUCGUGCAUCGGAAUAACCAGGUCAAGGCCUUGCUAUCACAACAUACCCAAUCCCCUCGCCGCAACCACCACAAGAGGGACCUCUACGAUGGACAUAGGUAUGACCGGUCGCCUCCUCCACGAUACAGUGCGUCGAUAUUGCCUUUAGAUCAUGAGGAUGCAACGCCUGGGCCGCCACCCUCUUCACCGCAGAAUUCGUCAUCACCAUCACUGCAAUCAAACGAGUCUAGCGGCCCGGCUGGUAUUAUGAGGAGAUGGGUCAAGACAAUGAGGAAAUUCCAGGUCUCACCAUCCCCUUCUCAAGUGAAGUACCGCAGCACAGUUCAUCUACAACCCUGGCAGAGGCGGGACGACCCGUAUGGUGGCUUGAUGUAGACCCAUGAGCACUAGCCGCUCAUGCACAUGAAUGACCUGCAUUCCCAGAUGUGACAGGGUUUCAGGGGCUGGGACAAAAUUGGUCAGAUAAUUGAGGUCCUGCACGUUUGGAUCUGAUGGGCCGGGUACCAAUACUGUAAUUUUAUUGUAGGACUUUGAAUGUUCAAUCAAUUGACAUUUCCCUAUCAAAGACUAGCCCGAUCUUACCAGAACAUGCCUUGAAGAUAUGCUAUCAGAGGUAGAUACAAAAGAGAAAGUAUGCCUGUCCACCAAAUCACCACGCUAGAGUUGUUCAUGGUGGUCACAAAUAGGUCAAGAUUUCAGACUUCUUUCCAAGAGCUGGGGAUUACCCGGAGCCACGAGCAUUAAUUCAAUAUAUACCUCAAUCCAUCCUCAUGUUGCGCCUUAAUUGUCAAUCAGAAUGCCUGUCCGG